AUGCUUUUUUUUCUAUUAGGACAUAACAAAAAUUCAACAACGUAUACUGUUCCCUAUGCUCGAAAUACACAUGAAGAAUGUGAAGUGAACAUGGAAAGAUUUCUAUUCAAUGUGUUUUAUAAUCGAAAUUGUUAUGAUUCUCUCUAUCGAGUUGAACAAAAAGAUGAUAAAAAACAACAACCAUUAAUCGAUUUAGAUCAUAGUGUUGAUCGUACUUAUAUGGCAAAGCAUCAUCAAUCACAAUUUAUUGGACAAGACCUUCUAUUACGUUUUCAUUUAACAGUAAAAAUAAUUGAUGGACCAGAUGAUGACUUCGAUAUUGUCGGUUAUGAACUAAAACAUACUUUGAAUGAUAAAGACAAACUCAUUGAUUCAUAUAUAAAUAUUACUAAUGAUGAUCAUGGUAAGUAUGAUCCAAGCGGUCAAGAAAUAUCAGAACAUGAAACAUUUGGUUAA